AAACAAAUAAACAAAUAAAUAAAUAUUCAUUUAAAUUUUUAAGAAGUAAAUUCUAAUAUAUUAAUAAAAAUUAAUAAUAAAAUAAAAUGGCAACUAUUUUUGAUAUCUUAUUAAAUCAACAUUUAAAUAAUAAUGAUUUUAAAUCAUUUCAAAUAAAAAAAGAAAUAAUCAAUUUUAUACCAGAAUCAGAUGUUAUUGAAACUAAAGAUUCAUUUAUUAUUGAAACUGAAUUAGCAGGUGUAAAUAAAGAUGAUAUUCAAAUUGAAAUUAAAGAUUCAAAGCUAUAUAUUCAAGGCGAAAAGAAAAGAUCAACUUAUAAAAAUAACAUUGUUGUAACCGCCAACACCACCACUGCCACUACACAAACCGAUAACGAACCAUCUAUUGAAGAAUUUGAAGAUAUUAGCACCUCUGAUACUGCCAACACUACCUCCACUAGUUUACAGUCAUCAAAUAAAGAAAGCAAAUCUGAAUCAAGUACUACCAAUACUGCCACCACUGACGCUACUAAAGAUCAAGUUAGAAAAUAUAUAAGCGAAAGAUCAUAUGGAAAAUUCAAAAAAUAUUUAGAUUUAACCAGAAUAAUAUAUACAUUAGAUUUAUCAACUAUCAAAACACAAUACAACAACGGUCUUUUAACAAUAACCAUAAACAAGAAAAAAGAUUAUUCAAAUACAUUUAAAAUUUAUUUAUCAUAAAGAGAUAAAUAAAAAAUAAAUAAAAACUUUUGUAAAAUUAAAAUUUUCUAUCUUGGAUAAAAUGAGGUUUUAUCGAAAAAAUUAAACCAGUUUUGUUAUAUUAAAAUAGAACAUUGAAUGGUGAGUGCAUCUAAAUCUAAUCUAUUCCCAUAGUAGCGAAGACAUAUGCACAUCACCAAAAAAAAAAAGAUUUUUAUUUUGUUUUGUCCCUUUUUUGUUUUUUUAUGAAACAAUAAAUAAAA